AUGCGGGACAUGAAUGAGUUGUCCCAACACAAUAGCUCACAGCCUUCCUACCGGGACUGGGUGACCAGCGGUUUUGUUGAGAGUGAAUACGAGGAGAUUUCUGGUACAAGUGCGGGUAUUAUCAUGAGCCAGAAGAGACUAGGCUGUCUGGCUCUUCUCCCACCGACCCGAGAGGAGGAAGAAAUCCGAGAACCCGUUCCCAACGCCGGGCUUCAGGCCAGCGCCUUCCCGUCUCCCUCCCGACAGGCCCUCGGUGAAAUCACAGCGGCUCCUCCCUUAAGCCCUCCGGAGCUGCAGUGUCGGGACCCUCUUCCCGGCAAGGAUCAAGACUUCAGCCAAAGGAGUCACUUCACGGUGGUGGCCUUCCUGGGCCUGCUCCAGCAGAGGAUACCCGCUGCCUUCCAACAGUUCCGCACUCAGUCGGGACAUCUGAGCGCCUUCCCCUUUUCUUUUGGGAGAGCAUCCCUUAGGCUGAGGGGUGGCCCGGAGGAUUCCCCUGCCCUUUUGCCUGUGAGGAAAGUGCCACCUGUCGACACAUUUGGAGAACUGCACGGUAAAGAAGAAGCCUUCUUGGGGAGAACGGAAGAAGGAGCUGGGUUUGAUCAAGCCAUGUGCCCUAUGAUGGAGACCUUCGAAAUCAAUGGUCCAGCGCCCAAGAAGAGAAAUGGGGGGACCGUUUGCAUGGCAGUCAUGGCCAUCUACCUGAUCCUGCUCACGGCAGGUACCGCCCUGCUGUUCAUUCAAGCUCUCCAUCUGCAGAAGCGGCUCCAGAUCCUGGAGAUGUGCUUAGACAAUGGAACCCUGGCUGCUGAGGACAAACCACUCUUCUCGCUGCAGCUGGCACAUCCCAAAACACACCUGGUACCAGGAGCACUGGGGCUGCGAGCCCUGCAGGCCCAGCUCCUUCAGGUCCACACUGGCCAGGAGCAACUACUUCAGCAGGUCAACAACCUCACUCGGAAUCCAGAGCUGUUCGGGAUUAAGGGUGAACGAGGCUCCCCAGGUCCAAAAGGGGCCCCAGGUAUUCCUGGGAUCCCCGGCCUGCCUGGGCCACCUGCCUAGAAGAGAGCAAAAGGGGGUUGUGGGUCUCGAUGGAACCCCAGUGUCCCAGGACCCCAGGGCCCACCAGGCAUCAAGGGAGAGGCAGGCCUCCAGGGACUUACGGGUGCACCAGGGAAGCAAGGAGCAACUGGUGUUCCAGGACCUCAAGGAGAGAAGGGCAGCAAAGGUGACAAAGGUCUCAUCGGCCCCAAGGGGGAACACGGCACCAAGGGAGACAAAGGGGACCGAGGCCUUCCAGGAAGCAAAGGGGACAUGGGCAUGAAGGGAGACACAGGGGUCAUAGGUCUCCCUGGAACACAGGGAAACAAAGGUGACCCUGGGAAACCAGGCCUACCAGGCUUGGCUGGGUCUCCUGGAGCCAAAGGUGAUCAAGGACCACCUGGAGCGCGGGGUAUGCCAGGUCCUUCUGGUGCAGUAGGAUCUUCAGGUGCCAAGGGUGAGCCAGGCCGCACUGGUCCUACUGGACCACAAGGACCUCCAGGGAUCCCCGGGAGUCCAGGGGUUGCAGGUGUGAAGGGAAGCAAAGGAGACACAGGAAUUCAAGGACAGAAAGGCACAAAAGGAGAAUCAGGAGUCCCAGGCCUUGCAGGCAGAAAAGGAGACACUGGAAACCCUGGGCUGAUAGGCCCCAAAGGAGAACCUGGACGGCCAGGCCUCAAGGGAGAUGCUGGGAUAAAAGGGUCUGCUGGCCAGCCAGGGCGAACAGGAGAAAAGGGCCAGAAAGGCGAAGGCUUCCUAAUGGUCCGGAUUGCGGGUGGCACAAAUCGAGGCCGAGCUGAAGUUUUCUAUAAUAACGUCUGGGGCACAAUUUGUGAUGAUGGUUGGGAUAAUAACGACGCCACUGUCUUCUGCCGCAUGCUUGGCUACUCCAGUGGUAAAGGAAUUUCCAGUUUCGGAGGUGGCUCUGGGAAUAUCUGGCUGGAUGAUGUAAAUUGCCUGGGAACAGAGAACAGUUUGUGGAGCUGCAGGACGAGCGCCUGGGGUUCUCACAACUGCAACCAUAAUGAAGAUGCAGGUGUGGAAUGCCGCUGA